AAGAAUCUGACCCCUGGGCUGACGUACAGGGCAACUGUUAGGGCUGUCACUACUGUUGGCCAAGGAGAAGCUUCCCCGGUGCUCUACACUGUUAUGGCUGAGCCUCCGGAUCCUCCAAUCAAUGUGAAGAUAGAAUGGGCUACUCCAACGGGCGGUGUUGAUUUGUAUUGGACCGCUCCGACUUACACUGGUCAUAGCCCCGUCACGAGUUAUAUAAUCCAGUAUCGCUCAGUUGGCGAGAGCUCUGAGUUCUUCACCAUUCCGCGCUACCCAAGUGGCGUGGAGCAAGGGCCGUAUCGACUUGAUGAAAGCGAUAAUCUAACACGAAGCCAAGAGUUCGAGUUCCGUAUGGCUAGUGUGAACACUGCUGGACAAAGUCAGUGGAGCGAA